UCUGUGGAGAGGAAGCGUGGCUGCGGCUGCAGCACAGAGAGAGGACACAAGACAGGGGACACGAGCAAGAGACACAGCUGCUGCUGCAUGUGUGUGUGUGCGAGACAAGUCUGCACACACACACACACACACACGCGCGCGCGCGCAACAAAGUAUGUUGACGGCGGCAGAGGAGGAGGCGAGUCCACGCACCACUGAACCUGACACAGGUGACUGAGAGGGAGAGACAGUGACUCUGCACCUUCAUCAUCAUCAUCUUCUUCAUCAUCAUCGUCCACUGUUACCGCGCAGAAACAACGUGCAGCUUCACUGAGACACGCGCGCGCGCGCAGGACAGAGGACACUAUGUCAAAGGACACGCGAGGGAGAGGUUCAUCACGUAAACACAGCGCCACCCACUGGUGUCUGCAGAACAUCGCACAGGAGUCUGUGGACAGUUCUGAUGAAGAGUUCUUUGAUGCCAGAGCAGACGUGAUGGAGGGGAAGAGUGCCAUGCUGCUGGGUAUGAGUCAGUGGAACUCAAAUGACCUGGUGGAGCAGAUCGAAACGCUGGGACACAUGGAGGACCAGUCACAUGAGGGACUGUACCAGCUGAGCGGCCCACGCUGUGCUCCUCAGAGCAGCAUCGAUGGUCUGGAGGACGCGGAGCCCAAGUGUAAAACCCACGUGCUGCUGCUGGUGGUUCACGGCGGGAACAUCCUGGACACGGCGGGCGGAGACCCCAGCUCUAAGGCGGCCGACGUGGCCACGCUGGCGUCGGUGCUGGAGAAGGUGACGCGGGCUCAUUUCCAGGCGGCUGCAGAACACGUGAUGAUCAAACUGGUGCCGUGUCCGGCCGUGUGCGCCGAGGCCUUUUCCCUGGUGUCCAAUCUGAAUCCUUACAGCUACGAUGAGAGCUGCGUCUCCAGCAGCGUGGACCACCUCCCGCUCGCCGCCCUCCCCCUCCUCGCCAUCGUCUCUCCGCGUUACCAGGACGCCGUGGCAACCGUCAUCGCCCGAGCCAACCAGGUGUACCGCAGCUUCCUGCAGUCGGAGGACGGACAGGGCUUCAGCGGUCAGGUGUGUCUGAUGGGCGACUGUGUGGGCGGAGUCCUGUGCUUCGACGCUCUGUGCUUCAGUAACCAGCAGAGAUGUGGCAGCAGGAACGACAGCACCGAGAGCCUCAAGGAAAACUCGGAGGGUCUGAACAGAGACUCCAGUCCUGGUCUAAGCUCCAGUAAAAGACUGAGCAAGAGCAACAUCGACGUCUCUGCACCGAACGAAGGUCACGGUCAGACGGAGCCGCCGCUGAGUCGCAAACAGAGCGACUCGUAUGACGGAGACACUUCGUCCACCGGACAACACGGAUUCUUCUCCAGUUUAAUGAAAGAGAACACAGAGCUGCGCGGCGGCGGCAGCAGCAGCACCAGCGCCACCUGUCUGCUGCUGAACCCGGGGCGGUUUGAUUUCGAGGUGUCCGACUGUUUCCUGCUGGGAUGUCCGCUCGGACUCGUGCUGGCCAUGAGACGCACCGUUCUCCCGGCUGUCCACGUGAAUCACCUCCACCCGGCCUGCGCUCAGGUUUUUAACCUCUUCUACCCGUCGGAUCCGUCCGCCUCCAGACUGGAGCCUCUGUUGCAGCCGCGCUUCCACAAGCUGCCGCCGUUCGCCGUCCCUCGCUACCAGCGCUACCCGCUGGGCGACGGACGCUCACUGCUCAUCGUGGAGAACAUCCAAAGCCAUGCAAGUGUGUUUUUGGAAGGUGAGCAAACUCAAGGAGGUUCACAGCAGUCGUCAGGGAGCAGCACUGAAGGAGGAGGUGGAGAGGGAGGUCGCAGAGCCAGUGUGACCAGCGUGGAGAGUGAGACGUCCAUUUGCUCCGUGGGUCAGCUGGGAAACACCAUCGCUAACAUCUCCAGCAGCUGGUGGGGUUCUAAAAGGCUGGACUACGCCCUCUACUGUCCCGACGUACUCACUGCGUUCCCCACUGUGGCUCUUCCUCACCUCUUUCACGCCUCCUACUGGGAAUCCACUGACGUUGCAGCCUUUGUUCUGCGGCAGCUCAUGCGCUGCGACUGUGUGAAGACACAGGAGGCGGAUCGUUUGGACUCGGCUCCGUUUUCUCCGUCCAGCCCGCGAGAGAAGUGGCUCAGGAGGAGGACACACGUCAAACUGAGGAACGUCACGGCCAACCACAGAGUGAACGACAUCAUCGCGACCGAGGACGGACCUCAGACUCUGGUGGGACGCUUCAUGUACGGCCCUCUGGACAUGGUCACUCUGACCGGGGAGAAGGUGGACGUCCUGCUCAUGACUCAGCCUCAGUCUGGACGCUGGGUGCACUUUGACACCGAGGUGACCAACAGCAGCGGCAGAGUCACGUACACCAUUCCCAAGAGCAAGAAGCUCGGCCUGGGAGUCUAUCCCAUCAAGAUGGUCGUCAAGGGAGACCAGACGAGUGCAGAGGCCUAUCUGACCGUGUUACCGCGCUGCAUGGAGUGCGUCGUCUUCAGCAUCGACGGCUCGUUCGCCGCCAGCGUGUCCAUCAUGGGCAGUGACCCCAAGGUCCGUCCGGGAGCUGUGGACGUCGUCAGGCACUGGCAGGACCUGGGUUACCUGAUCAUCUACAUCACAGGUCGUCCUGACAUGCAGAAGCAGCGCGUGGUUUCUUGGCUCUCGCAGCACAAUUUCCCCCAUGGCAUGAUCUUCUUCUCUGAAGGCCUGGUCCAUGAUCCGCUGCGACAGAAGACCAUCUUCCUCCGAAACCUGGUCCAGGAGUGUCAUAUAAAGAUCAACUCUGCUUACGGCUCCAUGAAGGACAUCUCUGUUUACAACAUGCUCGGCCUCAGCCCGGCACAGAUUUAUAUUGUUGGUCGACCUUCGAAGAAAUACCAAAAUCAGUGCCAGUUCCUGAGUGAGGGUUAUGCCGCUCACCUCUCCACUCUGCAGUUUGGACACAGAGCCAGACCCAAGAAAUCCUCCUCAGUCCGCAUGGUCCUGAGAAAAGGUUCAUUCGGUCUCUCGGCUAAGCCGGACUUCCUGUGCAAACGCACCCACCUGCGCAGGACCAUGUCUGUGCAGCAGCCCGACCCGCCGUGCACGCCCAACCCCAAACCUGAGCGAGCACAGAGCCAGCCCGAGUCUGACAAAGACCCGGAGGAGGAGGAGGAGGAGGAGGAGGAAGAGGAGGAGGUGCUGGAGGACAAGGUCCAUGGGGACGAUCCACCAUACAUCGUGGAGACACGACUCCCUGACGUCAAAAACAGAGAGGGAUGGAUUACAGCGAGGCUGAAGAAGAGGAGAACAAAGAGGUUUAAGUGUCCAGGGCCAAGUGUCUCCUCUCCUCCUCUCUCCUCUCCUCUCCUCUCUGCUGGUAUUUUCCUCUCCUCUCAGCUCCUGCUUCCUCCUCCUUGGCCCUCGACACUUUCUGUCGCCUGUUCUGUUUCUUCUUCCUGACCUGAUGUGGAGAACGUCUUUGUGCCUGACAGUUCAAGGAGACGCAGGAGCAAUAGAUGCCAAGUGUUUGUGGGUUUUUUUUUUUUUUACUGUGAAAUCAGAGGAAUUUGCUUGUUGGUGAAGAGUCUGGCACGUGUGGUGGAUUAUGGAUUAUCAGCAGAUUAUGAGACGUCGCAGCGUCCACACUGCUGUGUCGGCAGCUGCUCGUGUAAAUACUCGACACUCGUCUGGACACAGAAGCUCCGACUGUGGAGGUUUAACUCGCACACGAGCUCAGACCCCGUCGUUUGUGACGUUUUCCUCUCACUGAGCCAGCGACUCCGGCCCUUUUUACGCUUCCUUGUUUUGGAGCAGUCGGGCAGAACACACGCCGUCUGACAGCUGGUCCGGUGUCACUGGAGCGCGGCGGCGUUCGUGCUCGACUCGGCUCUGCCCCGGGUUUUUUGCAUUUGCACUAUGGAAGCAGGGACACCUCAUUCCUCAGUAAACCUACUGUGAUUCUAAGACUUGUAUUUACGUUGUUCUUGUAACAACUGGAGGAUUCAAACAAAAAUGAAAAGUGGUGAUUUGAACAUAAAAAUGUUUACAGAUUGAAGAAAUCUGGGGCCUCAUUUAUAAAAGUCACCUGGCGAAACAUGCGUCUGCAACUCUUACCACACACAGUGGGAUUGAUAAAGAAAUCCACGUGGAAAACAUUUACUGUGACGCAGUGAGAUCAUGAAAUAAAAAUCUCCUCACUUAUGAUAUCAAAUGAGCUUCAGCAGCAGCCCUAUCCUUAACCCUUGAAUAAUCCCUUAAGACUGUGAGUACCUGACGAAAUCCAGGCCAUCUAUAUUUGUGAAGCUCGUUAAAUCAACCGCACUGGACCAAAGUGCUGCACAGAAGAAUAAAUGAAAGAUUUAUAACCUCCCACAAACCAAUAAAAUACGUGUAAAGACUUAAAAACAACUAAAAACUAAAAGUAAAUGGAAUGUUAACAACGUUAAUAUUAGGCGUGAGGGGAAAAAUCCAUAUAGUGAAAUUUUGUACUGGUUACAAAUAGAAUUUGUGCUUUUAGUUUAUCGCAUUAUGGGAUUUCGCAAAUACUCCGUUUAUCGCAAUGUCAUAAUAUCGUAUUGCAAAGUCUCUGGUGAUUCUCACCCUGAUUAAAUGUCAAAGGCCGAGGAGAAGGGAUUUAAAAACAACUUUGAAUGUCAGUAUAAAUUUUCCGACGAGCAAAUGUUUGCUAAUUUACUGUUAUAUCUGUAAAACUUAACAUUUUGAUUGGUAAAUGAAUAAUUUCCACAAGAUCUUUGUUGAAGUAAAAUUUAUGCAAAUCCACUCUUAAAAGAAAAGUUUUUAGAAAAUUCUGAAAAAUUUUGUUCGAGCACCCAAAAUAAUUCUCCUAUGACCCAUCUGAGGGUCUCGAUCCAGUCUUUGGGAAACAGUGCUGUCAGUGUGUUGUCUCUCAAUCUACAUUAUGUACAUUAAAUAAAUGGAUAAACUGUACAUGUAAAAUACUAAAUUCAUGAAACAGACGUUUAAAAAAAAAAAAACGUAGGUUUUCAAGUUCCAGUUUAUUAAAAAGAUUAUUUUUACUUUUCUCACACACUUAUUUCACAUUCCUGUUGUGCUUUUUAAAAAAUUAUAUUACGCACACAAAAUCUUAACUAAAGAAAGUUUUUUUGGGGGGGCCCAGAAAAUAUGUCCCGUGACACAUCUGUGGGUCCCCGACCCAGCGUUUGGGAACCUCUAUUCUACACAACUCCACUCCAAUUGCUUUUCAUUGGUUAGAAAAUUCUGCUGCUGCCGAGGCUCCAAAAAGUUUAAUUUUAAAUGAUUCCUGAUACUCUGACAUCAGGAAUUUGACAUUUUAUUUCUGGCGCUCUUCUCCGUUCUUUCCCGCGUCGAUGAUCCAUUAAUUUGGUCUGGAUAUUCUUUUAGUACAAACGAUGAUUGGACGAUUGUUGUAAGACACUGAGAACAGAACACUGCAGGUUCUUUGCAGGUGUUUGUUUAUUUUGUGCCACGACAUUUUCUGAAUGUGAAUAUUUUCCUUGAUUUCGUGAUUUCCAGUGUUCGCCAGGUUUUCGUACAGAUGAUUCUACGCCGACUUUUAAAAAUGAGGCUCCCGGAGUUUGUUUACAUGACGACAGUUUGACAUAUUUACAGUAAUAAGUGUAAAUGUAAUUCUUGGUAACGUUAGUUUAGUGGCUCGCUCGCAGGAUUCUGUGUCAUAGACGGAAUCCGUUUAUUACGACAGCGAUAGAUUUGUGAUGAGAUCUGACGCCGUGUCUCGUGUAGAAUAAAUAAAUAACAGUGUGACCAUGUUUUAAAAACUCUGUGCAAGUCAAACUUAUUUUUCUAUGAGGAAAUAACUGUAAAUAGACCUAUUUUCAUCGUCUAUGUUUUGGAACCUUUUACUUGUUGAACGGUUGAUUUUUGCCUUAAACUGGAUUUGAUGUGUUUGUGUUUGUUAGAUAAACAAAAAAAACAAUGAUUAUUUUACUUCUUUGACCAAAGUAUUGAGUUUUGCUCACAGACAUAGACUGUAUAUAAAAAGUGGGCGUGGUUUUCUAGUUUGUCGUCACACAAUGCAAAUAUUCAUAACACGGUGCGUAUGAGGCGAAUGUCGUGAAUUAAGCUCAUUUUUGUGCUCUUCUUGUGUUCGACUUUCUCACUGAGUUUAUUCCAAGCUUGUUCUCUCUAUAUAUUUUUAAAAGCCGUCUGUAGAUAAAACUCAAGUUUUUCUUGUUGGACGUCGAACACAGACGUCUGUCGCAGAAUCGUUCGCCAAAUUGUUGUUUUUUUGCCAAAAUUUUAAUUUUUUCCAAUUUGAGUUUACGUAAAAAUGCAAACAUGCCACAGUAUUCUUGAAAUGCGCCAUGCCUGUGCGUUAACUUUCUUUGUGAGACUGCGCAAAUAUCGCCCUACGUGACUAAUGACUAAGUAGACUUAAUACGAUGCUACCUCCUUGACUUUUAUUUUGGCGCCCCUACAACAGUUUUUUGUUUCAAUAGCCACCAGGGGGCGACUCUGCUGGUUGCAAAAAUAACUCAGAAAAGAACAGCAAAAAUUAGCUUGAAUGUCUGUAAAUGUUCAAUAUUAUCGGCAACAUAUCGGUAUUGGACAUUUUAGCUUGAAAGUGUUUUAUCAGAUAUUACUGAACACGUAACAAGAUCCCCCAAAACAAUGAAUGACAAACACUCACUGAAUAUUAGAGGUGGGGGAACAAAUGCAGGUGAAAUAUUGCGAUAUUUUACGUGGUGAUAUUUGUAUCGCUUUGUAAACACCAAGUAUCGAAUUUGUGUAUUUUUUUGCAUGUAUGUUUUUUAACUGGCGUGACAAACGUUGAAUUUUAAAAGUGUUUAAGAGCUGUUGUGUGAAUAUAUCGCAAUAUGUACGUAACUUCUUGACUUCUAUGCUAGCGUCAUCCAACGCUUUUUAUUUGCACAAUGAAGAAAAUGUACGUGAGUACGAAAAACAUGACAUGAUUUUCACUACAGAAGAAACUAAAUAACCUUUUUGUUUUGAUUAUCGGCCAAAAGGCAAUAUUGUGCGUCCCUACAUAUGAGUGGACACCAGUGUGAUUGACAGCUGGUAUCGUCCAAUAGGAGCCAAAUUUUUUAAACCUUGUGGCUUCAAAACGUUUUGCAAGACUCCGCCCAUUUUUAUAUACAGUCUGUUUUGUUACAUCACAUCUGUCAAAGUGCUUUUUUAUCGGCUGACAUUUUGUUUUAAAGCUUGUGUAUAUAUGUGUGUGUGUGUGUGUGUGUAAGUUGAGUUGUGGUGGAACUGUAGUAACAGUGUGUGUGUUUGCAUACCUGCAUGUUCUCAUUGCAGUACAGUGUGUAUUUUUACAGGUGUGUGUGUGUGUGUGUGUAGUUUUGAGUGGAGCGUGCGAGCCACAGGGAGGCGCUGCUGUAUCUAUGACUUGUUUUCUUUUACCUCCUGAACUAUAAUCCAGUAGGUGGUGCAGUAAUUAUCUCUGAUUACCACUCAGUGUGUGUGUGUGUGUGUGUGGCUCCCUGUAGUGACGCCUCUGUAAUCGUAGAAACACCAAUUAAGUCUGUGAUUGUAUGAUAUUGUAGAAACACUGAAAUACUCUGUAAAAGUAUAAACACUAUUAUUACACAAGCCCGUGAAUGUACACAACGAACCAGUGACUGUGUCAGUCUGUGUCACGCACACACACGUGAGGAUAUUUUUCUGUCAUGGUUUUAAACCAGAGCAGUGAAAUAUUCAAGCAUUUUAGCAAAGCAACGUUUAGAAAAUGGCAAAUUAUGAUCCACUGGUGAUUCUUCUCCUCAUGUUCGUUAUCGGCAGUUGUUUCCGACCGUCGCGCCUCCCUCACAGUUGUCAUUUGUGAAUAAGCGAGGACUAAUUAUUUAUGAACACAUUAUUAACACGCUUACAUUUGUGAGAAAUAAUUGUAACUGAGGCAAAGCGCAGAUGAUAAUGUUCCCUCCUUAUACUUUCACUCAUUUAGUGAAAUGAAUGGAAACUGAAACAGACUUUUAUGGAAUAAGAUCAAGACCAUUUUGUGGUAAUUGUUUAAUUUGUCUUUUAUAAGAAAUGUUCUUCCUGAAAAUUAAAUUUAAUUAAUUGUGUACUUAGAAGUAAGUACACAACAAUUUGCCAGUUCUCGUGUCCAAGUGAUUUUUCAGCUUCUUAAAUUUGAAUAUUUUCUAGUUUCUUUGCGUCAUAAAAACAAAGUUAAAAACUGAAUCAUGACUCAUCGAUAAAUGAUAAUUCAAUUGUGAAAAGAGUAUUAAAGAUAAAUAGCAGAGAAUCACUGAAAUAUAAAUCAACAAAACUACUGAUAUUUAAACCGUAAAAUGUCGAGUGUUGGUCAAGUACAGCACAGCAGACUGAUACAAAAUAAAUGAAAAAUCACCUUCAUGAAUUCUUAGGGUUCUUUUAUGCUUGGUCAUCUUUUAUUUUGAUAAUCUGACCGACUGUGCUUGAAAAUUGACAGAGAGAAGUAUAUUUGUGUGAUAUUUUGAAAUGUAGUCGUCUGUUUUUUUGGCAUCAUGUCUAAAAUACACCGUGUAAAGCAAUUUGUUACAUUCAUCACCUUAAGUACAAAAAUGGUCAUCAGAUUAUAAAAUGCAUUUUAUGUACAUUGUUGUACAUUUUGAAUUCCUUGCCUCAGAUUUGUGUAUUAUUGUUUUAUUAUUGAGCAUCAUACUUUACCCUUAUUUCCUCAUUUGGUAUGGAUGUAAUUUUACUUGUAGAGCAGCAUGUGACCAUGACUGAUACUGAAAGUAUUGAACAUUAAUAUUGUUUUGUUUCUAAUGAUCAGGAUUGAUGUUGGUUUAAAAAAAAAAUUGAUGUUUAUUGAAAGUUGAAAAUUAAAAGUUUAAUAGCAGUUAAUGUGGAUGGGACAAUUUUGGACUUAUGGUGCUGUGAGUGUAGUUCUUUUUAAAAAGUGACACAACACGAAAAAAAAAUAAUCUAAGUUCAUGUAGAAAAACAUUAAUGCUGUAAUGAAUUACCUUAUCUUAAUGAAACAUCACAGGUUUAAAUACAUUAUAAAUGAUCCAUAAUUUGGUUUUGAUGACAAUUUUCUGUUGAAUAUUGUCUAAACAAAUACGCAACAAGCGUUAAUUUAAGUUUAAAUCUCGUCACUGUUCAGGUUAAAGGUCACCAGUGACUCCCAGUGUCCUGUCAAUGUGGAUCCAGUAAAAUAACCCCAACAGAAAAACACAGAUCCAGUAAACGUUCCCUCAAACAUCCAGGCGCGACCCUUUCGUCAAAAACCAGACCGACCUGAACCUGACCACUGAACCCUCACGUGUGCGUUCAUGCGUGGAAUUAAAGGUUUUGCUCUGUAACGUCACAGAAAUAUUCUCCAAUUUCAACUGCAUGCAGUCUGAUCUCAUUCUGCUUUACUUUAUCAAGUCCUUUAUGACGGAGAAGUUAAAGGGGGUCAGCGUUAAUCCAAGUCCAGAACAAACCUGAGAAUUUGUAUUUUGAUAAUCUGAUUGGCUGUGUUAAUGUACAUGGCUUUAAAAUUGAAAAAGGUUAGUGUUUUUAUGUGAUCUUUUCAAAUGUUGACUUCUGUUUCUGUGGCAUUUUUUGUUGCAUUCAUCAGCUUAAGUACAAAAACGUCCCCCUUCAAACCGUUUCAAACUAAGUUCAUUUUAAAUGAAAUAUUUUGAGAUUAUUAACUGACAUCUUUGUGCAUGUCCUUUUUCCAUUUGUCCUCAAAUAUUCAUAAUUUACCAGUGACUAAGUACGAAUUUGUGUUGUCAAAGAGUCUAAUUUGCCAUUUAUUAACCAUUUGUAGGUCUUUAAAAAGUAGAAGUUUUUUUUUUUAGGUAACACUUUACAAUGAGGGUACAUCAAUUAGCGUUAGUCAAUACUGUUAUUAGCAUUUACUAUCAGUUAGGCUUUAACUUUUACAAUUUAUUCAUGUUAUUCAGUUUAAUUAACUUAUUUAUUCAUAUAAUAUUCAAAGGUCUAUAAGCUAUCGUUGCUUGACUAUAAUUAAGCAUUUAUUAACCAGUAAUUAACCGUUAUUAAUGCUCCUUGUGACUGUUAUUGUAAAAAGGGAAACAUGUUACACAAAUGUGUUAGUAUGUAGAGAAGUGGAGCAUUAAUAACGGUUAAUUAAUGGUUAAUAAAUGCUUAUUUAUAGUUAAGUAACAUUACCACUAUGAACCCUUGAAUAAUGUAUGAAUUAAUACCUUAACUAACGUUAGUAAAUGCUUAUUAUAGCAUGAACUAAUGUAUAUUAUAAAGUCUUACUGUUUAUUUUCACUUUAUUUACGAGUAGCUGACUGUGGCCUUUUUAUUUAACUGUGGGGAAAAAACUGUUUUUUUUUUGUUCCGCUGUGAUAAUGAACAUAAUUGUUGUGGUUAUUGACUUCACUUCUUAUCGCUGUAUAAAUAAAGAUACUACACACUU